UAAAGUUUUUUUUUUUAUUUUAUUUUAUUGCAAAUAAAAAAAAAUUCGCGUCGAACAUAGUCGUAUUAUUAACAUUUAUACUAAUUAUUAACUCGCAAAAAAGUUCUUUUUUUAUUUAUUUCCAAGUCAACAAAGGAAAUAACACAACAGCAAUAUCCUUCCAACUAACUUACUGUCUUUAUUUACGAUUUUAUUACAACAAAAGAGUUUCAAUCAAUAAAAGAACUUUGAACGUAUCUAUACAAAAAAAUGACACCAUUUCUACCGUCUGAUUGUCUCCGAGAGAUAUUUGAACAAAUGCAAGGGAUAUCAGGAUCACAAAAGGAAGAAAGAGAAUCAUUGUUAUCAUGUUUACUGGUUAAUAGACUAUGGUGUGAAACAACUAUAGAAAUAUUAUGGCGAAAUCCAUGGAGAUUAGGGAAUUUUUACACAGAUGAAAGUUAUUGGAUAUCAUUAUCAAGGACAAUAUUUUUAUGUUUUUCUGAAGAACAAAAAGAUGUCAUUAAAAAAGAUUGUAUCAAUUAUAAAUCAUCAAUAACAAAACAACAACCCUUAUUUAAUUACAUAUCAUAUAUACAAUAUCUUUCAAAUGAACAUAUUGUAAAGAUUGUUGAGACUCUUACAAACGAGAAUAAUUUUUCGGCUAUAUUAUGGAAUUAUAAUGCAAAUAUUAUUGAAAAUGAAUUAUGGAAAUUAUUCAUGAGUAAAUGUUCCUGUGUGAAAUAUCUUGAACUACCAAGUACGUCCAUUUUGCAUUUCCUGGGAGCCGAUCAAUGUUUAACAUCUUUACAUGAAUUUAUAUGUUCAACUUAUAGUCCAUCAAAAUUAUUUUUGGAUUUAGCGCAAGUUUGUAGAAAUAUUAAAAAAAUGGUUAUUAAUCCAUGCGGAGAUGAUAAUGAAGGGUUAGAAGCAUUAAUUUCUUUACAAAAUAAUUUGCAACAAGUGAAAUUAUGUUCAAUUGAAGGUGAUUCAUGUGAAAAAAUCGGUAAAGCAUUAGAAACUCAGUCAAAAUCUUUAAUAAGUAUAACUUUUGAAUUUUGUAUUUGCGUACCUGUUACAACUCUUUGUAACUUAACUGAGUUAAAAUCUUUAAAGAUUUUAGUUAAAGAUAUUGAUACAGAUUUAGAAGAUUUAAUUUGUGCGGAACUACCAAAAUUGGAAAUAUUAGAAAUUAUAAAUUCAGCUUAUCAACCUCUGGAUCUUUAUACUUCUCUUAUUCAAACUACUCACGGAUUUUUAAGAAAAAUUCAUUUUGGAACUGCUCCACAUCCGUCAGAAGGAGAAUUAAAACCAUAUAUUAAUUCAAUCAUCAAUUUCUGUCCAAACAUUGAAGAUAUUAUACUUUGGUAUAUUGAAGAAAUUUAUGAUGAUUUAGAACAAUUGUUAUCAUCCUGUAGAAAUAUUAAAUACUUAGGUCUGGAAGCUUUAUCAACUUUUUCUAAUCUUGAAGAAUCUUGGUGGGAUGAUAAUGAUGAUGAUGAUGACUACGAUGAUAAUCAAGAAAAUGUUGAUAUUGAUUAUAAUUUAGCUUGUGAUGGCGCAUCUAUUUUUGAUUUAUUUAUCAAAAAAUUUCCUUGUAACUUAGUUCAACUUACUUUAAGUGGUAGUUGGAGAUUUAGUGCUUUAGAAUUAGAAACUUUCCUGAAAUCAUGGAAAGGUAGAAACCCUUUAUAUUUAUCAUUAUUUUGUGAUUUUGAUAUGGGCGAUGAAUAUUCUAAUAUUUUGAACGAUUUUCAAUCUAAUGGUACUUUAAAAGGUUGGUGUAAUAUUGAUAACAUAUAAAUAAAUAAUGUGAUAUUUCUUUUAUAGAUCUUUACGAAGAAAUUGUAAAUUUUUUUCUGAGAACUCAUAUUUUAUACUUUACAAUAACAUCAUUUGUUGAUAUAAUAAAUAAAAUACAUUCAUU